AUAGUUAUGGUUUUAUAGAUUUUCUAAAUUUUUUGAUUUUGAGUUUGUGUUCCUUGUGAUUGAUUUUUUGUUUGAUUACUCAUGGUUUGGGUUCAUAAUGGCCAUUCACCCAAAAAAAGGGUUCAUAAUGGCCUAGUUAAGUGCAAGGAUUUCAAAUGUAGCCAUGUAAUCAUAGUGGCAUGGCAUUUGGUUUUUUUCUCUUUGGUGUGUGAGUGGUUCUACAAUCAUAGCUCCAUGUCUAAGACCAGAUGGAAGGUGUUUGGUUCUUUGUCAUGGCUCAUGCAUGAUGCUCUUCAGCAGUUGAGUGGCUUGGAUGAUAAGGAUGACUGCUUCAUUCACUACCUCGUUUAGACCCUUGUUUAGUGGCUCUCUCUCUCCAAUUCUUCCUGGUUUUGUACACAUCUUUAAAGUGUCCACUGCACUAGAGAUGUUGGAAAAAAACUAGCGAUUCAAUUCCUCUCAUUUUCCUUAUUACUGAUGGGGCAGUUGAAGAUGAAAGACACAUUCGCAAUGCUGUGAAAAGUCACUUUGCAAAUAGAAGAAGAUCAAUUUAUCCUCGAAUUUGCACUUUUGGAAUAGGUUCAUAUUGUAAUCAUUACUUCUUGCAAAUGCUGGCACAAAUUGGAAGGGGCAAUUAUGAUGCUGCAUUUGACAUUGUUAUACCCAAAUCUUAUCCCAGACCUUUCCUCUGGAAGUUCAUUGAUUGUGUCAGGCAAAUACAAUGGAAAUUUUCCUGAUUCUGUAAUAGCAAGUGGACUCUUGCCGGAUAUGAGCAAUUUUACUGUGGAGUUAGAAGUGCAAAAAUCAAAGGGCAUACCUCUUGACAGAGUAUUUGCAAGGAGACAAAUUGAUAUUCUCACAGCUCAUCAUGCAUGGUUAUUGGAAAAUAAACCACUACAGGAGAAGAGUGCAGUUCAAGUGAACAACUUUCUUCUUUUGCUUGACUUGAUUAAGGAAGUGGCCUUGCAAUUGAGACUGCUACUGUCAGAGAAGCAGCUUCUGGUUUCUGUUGCUGAAGAAGUUAAAUUAACAGACCUCCAGGUUUGGCACCACAACUGUCUAUGGCUCAUUGCACAUAAUAUUCCUUGA